CCUAAUCAUCUACAGAGGAGGGCGGAAACUGUAGGUUAGACUGCUAGUUGCGUGCCAUGUCUACAUCUCUUUACUGUACAAGUCGCAAGUAACUUCUAUACAUUGUUUUUGAACUUCAGGCAGAGCAUUGCGCUUGCGAGGCUUGUUUUUGUUUAAUCGAUUCACUUUCAAACCGUUUUCGGGUUUUUCAUGGUUCAGCCGUAAGACUUGCCUGUUAAGACAGAUGACCUCUUUUUACGAAGAUAAAGACUGCAAUGAGUUGGGGCUGACUGGGGAUCUCAGUCAAGUAAACUGCUCAGAUGAACUGGAAUUUGCUUACCUGUUUGACUAUGAAACGCCUUGCACCGAUUUUUCCGCGGGAGAUCCAAAAGAUGAGACCAGUCUCCCCCCACACAAAGGUAUCACCCUGCCUAGCCGUCUCUCUUACCCCUUGGAGGAGCCAUCUGCCUACUCUGAGGCUAGCUCCGAGGCGCUGUCUGGCUAUGAGCAGCUGGAGGUUAAAAGCUACUCGGAGCAUGCCAGACCUGGAGGCCAAGCUGUGAGUCCCAGGAUUGAGAUCACGCUUUCGCGUGAGCACUACAGCCACAACCACGACUCCCUCCAGAGCCACCUUUUAAACAUUGGCCCGGGCCCCACGCUCACUGUGCCUGGCCAGGACAUCGGCACCUAUCGCGAGGCCCUGUGCCUCAGCCCAGCAAGCAGCAACUCAUCAGCCUCGUGCCACUCGGAGAACUACUCACCCUUUGCCUCUCCGUGCGUGUCGCCCAGCAGCGGGCAGGUGGUGGCCGGGGAGCUGUGCCCUCGUAUCGAGAACAUCCACACAGACUCGCCGCGCACCAGCCGAAGCACUUCACCCCAGGCCAGCCUGGCCCAAGAGGGCUGCCGUGUCCGAUCGCCGUCCCCCAGGCCCAACUCCCGCUCUGCCUCGCCUCAGGGCAAACGCACCUACGACAUGUAUAGGAACCCCAGUCUGGCACCCGUGUCUCGCUCACGCAGCCCCUCACCACACCGUGGCCAUGACGAGCUCCCCGCUGGCGGCCAUUAUGGCUCAAGCAACCUGGCAGAGGUCAUGAACGGGUUUGGGCAGCCUGGCACAGUACCCACAAAGAUAGUGAAAACCAACCAACAGUCCUACACUCUCUACCCAGACAACCAUGACGAGAGCUACCUAGUGUCCUGUGAGCAAGACAUCAAGACCAAACCAGAGCCCUUCUUCGUCAUACCUUCCAUUUGGUCUAAACAGUUGGUACCUGGAAUCUGCAGCCUCCCCGUGAGCUCUCUACCCCCACUGGAGUGGCCUCUGCCCAGCUGCACAGAGCAGUACGAGCUGUACAUCGAGGUGCAGCCCAGGCCGCACCACAGGGCCCACUACGAGACCGAGGGCAGCCGCGGAGCCGUCAAAGCCCCCACCGGGGGUCACCCAGUCGUCCAGCUGCAUGGAUACAGAGGCAAAGACCCUCUGGGCUUACAAAUCUUCAUUGGCACAGCAGAUGAGCGGAUCCUGAAGCCACAUGCCUUCUACCAGGUGCACCGCAUCACGGGCAAAACCGUGACCACCACCAGCUAUGAGAAGAUGAUCAACACCACCAAGGUCUUGGAGAUCCCCCUGGAACCAAAGAACAACAUGAAAGCAGUAAUCGACUGCGCCGGGAUUCUGAAGCUCAGGAACGCCGACAUAGAGCUGAGGAAAGGGGAGACGGACAUUGGGCGGAAGAAUACACGUGUACGCCUUGUGUUCCGCAUACACAUUCCCCAGCCAGGAGGCCAACACAUCUCCCUCCAAGUGGCAUCUCACCCUAUUGAAUGUUCACAAAGGUCUGCACAUGAGCUUCCCAUGGUGGAGAAGCAGGACAUGGACAGCUGCUCGGUGCUGGGAGGGCAGCAGAUGAUCCUCACCGGGCAGAACUUCAGCGCAGACUCCAAAGUGAUAUUUACUGAGAAGACCCACGAUGGACAGCAAAUCUGGGAGUUGGAGGCCACAGUUGACAAAGACAAAAGUCAGGCGACUAUGCUGUUCAUCGAAGUGCCUCCCUAUCGAGACUCAUCCAUCUCCCAUCCGGCAAAGGUCAAUUUCUACGUGAUCAAUGGGAAAAGGAAACGCAGUCAACCUCAGCACUUCACGUACACGCCUCUGCCAGUUCCGUCCAUAAAAACAGAACCAGUGGAUGAAUAUGACUCUGGGCAAAUGGGCUACACCAUGUCCCAGAUCCUGGGAGUUCCGGUGCCAUCCUACUACCAGCAUAACCCACGCACCAUGCUCAGCCCAGACAGCAGCCUGGUUCCCAGCAUGCCCCCGUGCCAGCAGCCCCGGCCGGGCCUCUCCCCUCCUGACCCCUGUUUCCAGCAGCACAGCUCAGCUAUCGUCUACUCCCAUGCCGAGAAGAACUUAGUUCGCGGCCCCUACCCACCAGCGGGGGUCAGCAUGAUUCCGGACGGCCAUCGCUCCGUUCUGGUCCACACAGGCUCCCCCAACCAAUACACCUCCACCCAGCACUCCUCCAUCAUUCAAUUCUCCCCCAACCACCACCUGUUGCGAGGGGGUGAACCCCCAGCCCCGCCACCUCCGGAGCACCAGCACAUCAUCUACUGCGAGGGCUACAGCCAGCCGGGGAACCAGGCCGCAGUCAGCCGCUCACCCGCACCUGGUCAAGCCCCUCAUCCCCAGCACUACCCCACUGUAAUCCACCAGCAGCCCUACGUGCAGAGGGCCCCAAAGGACAGGUCCCCUCCUGGCUCGGCAGACCCCCAGAGGUGCUCCCCAGCCGAGGAGCAGCAAGCCCCCCUUCCUGGCCGAGUCACAGUCAAGCAGGAGAACCUGGAUCAAGCCUACUUGGAUGAUGUUAAUGAGAUCAUAAGGAAGGACCUGACCGGAGUGCACUGCCGAGGGCAGACAUAAAUGGGCGCGUGGCGGCAGGACAUGUAAGGGACUUUUGGGUUGCCUGUUCCCACCUGCCUUGUGCCUGCAGUCGCACCCCAGGGAACUAUGGGAGGAGACCAAUAAUCUGCCUUUCUGCUAUUACAAAGUCUCAAUGCUUUUUGACCUGCACACCUUUUGAUAGCAAGCCAAUCACGCUUCACUGAUAACACAACCAAAUGUCGGCUGCACCAGCGGUAAAAAUGCUAGUGAGUUGAUGUUUAAAAUGGUCUUGUGGUUCCAAUAUUUCGCCCAGACUGAUUGUGACCAGAGUUGACCUCAUAUAUCAUAGUGUAAAUGACAUAUGAAUCUGAGACCUUUCCUUAUUUAAGAUGGGGGGAAAAUGACAUUCAUUUUGCUCUCCAGUAAUUUCACGUUUGGGAGCCACUUGGCUCACCUCUCAGUUUACUAUGUCUAGAAGAAUUCAUUAAUUCUGCUUGGUUGGUCUCUAGAUAACUGGUCUCUGUCACAUCCUAAAAACAUUGCAUCUCAUUUUGAAUAAAUAUAGAAACAGUUUAGAAUACAGUUUUAGAUAUAAAUGAACCACACAUUCCUGCAAAAAUAAUAUAUUUUUUAUAUUGGCAAAAUCCUGUGCUUAUUACAAUCUCUUUUAAUUGCAUGUAAUUAAAUGCACUGUCCUUAACGGGAAUCCUUAAAUGCAAAGUAUGCACUUAUUUCCAGUGAAUUAUAUUUACUUGUGUAUAUACUUUCUCUGCAAAUCUAGAUUUUUGUUAUUUUUACAACAUCUAGUGUUGUAGACAAUACAACUAAGGGAAAAUGUAAAAGACCUAAAAUUUUGUUUUUCUCUAAAUAAUUCAACAGGCAUCAUUACUUCAGUCUACGUGCCUUUAGCUAUGAAAGUGUCCAGAAGCUUGUGUACAGACGGGUGGAAUAAUAUUUUCUUGGAAUUAUGCAUCACAGAGCCUCACAGCCCAUGCACUACAAUCAGGUUCUGCACUGAAUCUUGCUUCAUCUGCAGUGCACUUAGCCACACUCAGCUCAGCUGGUGCUUUGUAUCUGCACCCCCUCAUCUUACUGACAACGAUAAAUCUUACAGUUUCUGUACUAGUUACAUCCAUCUUUAUUAGCGAAAGAUGCAAUACUUGCACUUCAAUGGUCCUUGUUGUAAAUGUUUUGGUGCUUUUUGCUUUUUGGUUGAUCUAUUUACUAACUAGUAAUAAGGAGAUUGUGUUUCAUCUCACAGUGGGUUUUUGCCAUAAUAGAUAUGCUGAGCAUAUGAUGGUUCUAAAACAUUCAGGCUAUCUGUGAAUAUGCUGAUGUCCUCCAAGUGCAUUUUUUCUUUUUCACAAUCGAGAUCACCUUUGUCAAAUAUCAAAGCCUAAAUGGGGUGUGCGUGUGUGUGUAUGUGUGUGUGUGUGUAUAUAUAUAUAUAUAUAUAUAUAAUUUCUUUUUUUUUUGUGGCAAGAGUAAUCUAAUGUUUUGUGCUUAUACUUUUUUUUUUUUUUUUUUUUUUGUGAGAAUGAUCUUUAUUAUAACCUUAAUUAUAUUUUUAUAUUAUCAAGAGUUACAUGCAUUGUUUUAAGGCAUGGGUUUUUUAUAUAAUAAAGGAGCCAGCUCUAUGUGCAUGGUGCUCUUAAACUCAUGCCAAACCCCUGAAUGUAAACUCAUUGUUUUUACUGUAAAUAUGUAUUGCCUGAAUAUGUAUAAAAUAUUUGUUACUUUUUAAAAUUUAGACUGCCAGUCAGAAGUAGAAAGAAAUAUUUUUAUGAACUGAAUCAGUUGAUUUUUUAAUUUUUUUUUUUUUUGCUAUUUACAAUCAUGUAACCAAGGCUAUAAUGCAAAUGAUUGCCAAAGAAAAAACUUCGUGUCAGGGUUAUGUACAUGCCAGUUUGACUUAAUCUUGCCUUGCAACGAAUGCUUCAGGGUUUGAUGCUUCACAAAAACAUGAGCAAUAAAUCUGCCUGAAGAGUU